CUCGUCAGCCGCCAACCACAACCACCAGCACCGCAGCAGCAGCAGCAGCUAGCGGGCUAACUAGCCUCCAGCGGAGUGGACAGGUAGCCGUGGAACAACAAGCCGGAUUUGAGGAGGGGUCACCCGGCUGGAUAUAUUCAAGGGAGGAGGUGUUGAUAACCCGCUGUACCCGACGCUUUGCCGCGCUUGUCCCGGCUCCUGGCUCCGGUGUCUCCGCAGCCUCCUGACCCGCUCGCCGCCGAGUUCAUGCGCGCUAGCCUCGGCUGGUGCUUGCUAGCAGGGAUGUGUCACCGCAGCUAACGGACCCCACACUUGUGUUCGCCUGUGUUGUGGUCCCCGAGAGGCCGAAGAGGGGGGUGCAUCAUCCCGCCUAACGCCUGCUCAUCCGCCGUGCUUUUAAUGUCGUGUCCCCCGCCGGCGACUGGUCCAUCCAGAAGAACCAGACGCGGGGCAUGCAGGAGGAGAAAACCCCGCAGAUAAGCAGAUAGGACACGGGGACAGCAACUCUACUGGGUCGGUUCGAUUGACCCACUAAACCGGGCGUUUUAUACAGCAUCAGACGGGCGGACUGAGAGAGGGAGGUGGGGCGGAAGGAUGAAGAAGUUUUCCCGGAUGCCAAAGUCGGAGAGCGGCGGGCUCGGAGGGUCCGGCUCCAGCUCCGGGGUCAGCAGCUACCUCGGGAAAGUGUUCGCGGUGGGUCGGUACCAGGUGACCGUGGAGGAGCUGGUGGCUGAGGGGGGCUUCUCUGUUGUGUUUCUGGCUCGGACGCACAGCGGCGUGCGCUGCGCUCUCAAGCGGAUGUACGUCAACAACGUCCCGGAUCUGAACGUGUACAAGAGAGAGAUCACCAUCAUGAAGGAGCUCUCGGGCCAUAAGAACAUCGUGGGCUACCUGGACUCGACCAUCAGCCCCGUGUCCGACACCGUCUGGGAGGUGCUGAUCAUCAUGGAGUACUGUAAAGCCGGUCAGGUGGUGAGGCAGAUGAACCAGCGGUUGAACGUGGGCUUCAGUGAGGCCGAAGUCCUUCACGUCUUCUGUGACACCUGUGAGGCCGUGGCCCGGCUGCACCAAUGCAAGACGCCCGUCAUCCACAGAGACCUGAAGGUUGAAAACAUCCUGCUGAACGACCAGGGGAACUACGUGCUGUGUGACUUCGGGAGUGCGACUCACAAGGUGCUGCUGCCGCACAAAGACGGAGUCACUGCUGUGGAGGACGAGAUUAAGAAGUACACGACCCUGUCAUAUCGAGCACCGGAGAUGAUUAACUUGUAUGCAGGGAUAGCCAUCACCACUAAAGCUGAUAUAUGGGCACUGGGAUGCUUGUUGUACAAGCUGUGUUUCUUCGCUCUUCCAUUUGGGGAGAGUCAAGUUGCCAUAUGUGACGGAACCUUUAUCGUUCCAGAUAACUCCAAAUACUCCUUCAAGUUGCACUGCUUAAUCAGAUACAUGCUCGAACCAGAUCAGGAGAAGAGACCAGACAUUUACCAAGUGUCCUACUUUGCCUUCAAGUUAGCUGGAAAAGACUGUCCGGUGCCAAAUCUCUUUAACUCUCCCAUCCCCACGACGCUCCCAGAGCCGCUGACAGCCAGCGAGGUCGCUGCUAGGAAGAGCCAGACAAAAGCCAGGAUAACGGAAUCUGUCGGCCCGACGGAGACGUCGAUAGCCCCCCGGCAGCGGCCGAAGGCGGUGAACAGCAACGUGCUGCCCCUCGCCAGCACCGUCACCCCCGUGAAGAUGACCGUGCCCUCGGCCCCCGUCAGCAACGGACAGAACGCUCCCACCCCCGGCUCCGGGCAGCUGUCCGUGCAGCCGCAGCCGCAGCCGCAGCCCAGCAGUCAGCAGCACCGCGUCCUGCAGCAGCUGCAGCCCGGUGACCUGCGUCUGCAGCAGCUGCAGCAUCACCAGCAGCAGCAGCAUGCAAAUGCUCAGCAACUCCAAUACCUCCAGUACCAACAGGCUGUGCAGCAGUCCCUCCAGCUCCAGCAGCAGCAGGCUUUGCUCCAGCAGCAGCAGCAGAUGAUGAUGCAGCCCAUGUACCAGCAGCAGGUCGCUCAGGCCCAGGCUCAGUACGCAGCCAUGAUGCAACAGUACCAACAGGCUUUUGUGCAGCAGCAGCAGCAGCAACAACAACAACAACAAUAUCAUCAUAAACAACAACAACAACAUCAUCAUCAUCAACAGCAGCAGCAGCAUCACCCCCCCCAGCAGCCUCUCCCCUACAUGCCCUCCCCUCUUGAGUUCCAGAUCCCCCUCGGCUCUUAUAACACUACCACCCCCUCUGCUGGACCUGCAGCAGGAAGUGGACAGGUGGGGGGGGUCUCACCUGUGGAUCCCUCGUACUCCAACCCCAGUAGAAACCCUCUGCUGGGCUCUGACGGCGUCACCCCUCCCCCUCAGAGCUGCAACAGCGCAGCGAGCAACCCCCCCGACAUGUCGGGAUGGAACCCCUUCGGAGAGGACAACUUCUCCAGGCUGACGGAGGAGGAGCUGAUCGACCGGGAGUUCGAUUUGCUCCGAGCAAACAAACCUGUGGAGACGGAGCGACCACAGCCUGCCGCCGCCACCAGGCCCCUCCUCCCCGAGGACCUGUUCGGCUCAGUCCCGUUCGUGGCCAGCGCAGGCAAAGAUGUUUCUAGCAGCGAGGACACCAGUGUUCCUCCUCCUCCUCCUCCAGCUCCUUCUCCUCCUCCUCCUCCUCUAGUCUCCACCUCUACAGACGACCUGCAGCCUCCUGCGGUCAAGGAGCACAAACCCCUCAGGAGGACCAACUGCAGAUCAGGUGAAGAGUCCGACAGCGACUUUGAGUCUGACCCUCCUUCGCCGAAGAGCAGCGAGGAAGAGGAGCCGGAGGAGGAGGAGGAGGAGGAGGCUCUGACCAGUGAACACGGAGACGACACCGAGCCGGAGAACUUGGGACAGAGGCCUCUGCUGAUGGAUUCCGAGGAAGAGGGCGAGGAGGAGGAGGAUGACAAGCACAGUUCGGACUCGGACUACCACCCCAGCAGGGUCAAGGGUCGCUCUAAGAAAUCUGCUAGAUCGGCUCCUGCUGCCACCAGGGGGAGCCGUGAAGGAGACUCUGUCCUGACCCUCAUCGGCCCUCUGGAGUCGCCCAGCGGAUCCAGAGCUGCUCCGGCUGAGGAGCCCGUGGACGUGUUUGGGUUCGGUCCCUUCGCUGGAGGAGCUCCGCGGGUUGAGCCUCCAGAGAACGUCUUCGCCAGAGCUCCUUUCAGACAAGUGAGCCAGGAGCCGCGAGCAGCCGAGUUCGAUGUUUUCACCAAAGCUCCGUUCACCAGGAACCUCUCCGUGUCCGGCAAGAGCGGCAGCGAGGCUCCAACGGGCCAAUCGCCGCCCGGCUCCCCCGAGGCCUUUGACAUCUUCGGCUUCUCGCCCUUCCACCCGGGCUCCACGGCGCCGCCGCCCGUGACCUCGAGGAGCGCCGACGACAUCUUCCAGCCGUCUCACCAGGAGCCGGCGAGUCCUCAGCAGCAGAGGCUGAAGCAGCGCAGCCUCCAGAAGCUGUCGUCCCGCCAGAGGAGAACCAAGCAGGAGGCCACGGCGGGGGGGAGCAAGCGGCACCACGGUACGCCCACCGGGGGGCGCAAGACCAACAAGCCCACCUACCGCACGCCGGAGCGAGUCCGCAGGCACAAGAAGGUCGGCCGGAGAGACUCCCAGAGCAGCAACGAGUUCCUCAGCACCUCCGACUCCAAGGAGAACAUCAGCGUGGACAUCACCAUGUCCGAGGGGAAGGACAAGGGAGCGUCUCUGCCGCCGGACGAGGCCAUGGACGCCAUCUUGGACCCGUUUGGAGCCAAACCGUUCCAUCCUCAGGACGGAUGCCGGCACAGCCAGUACCACGGCCUGGUGGACAGUAAGAGUGACACGGGCCCGGCCAAUGGGAGGACCAGGGCGGGCUCUCUGCACGCUGCUCUGGGAGAAGGGGGGGACAUGGAUGACUUCGGGGCAGUGCCGUUCACAGAGGUGGUCGUCCCCAGUGGACCCCAGCAGCAGCCUCACCAGCAGGGGGCGCCCUCGCAGCCGGGGGAGCUCGACCCGUUCGGAGCGGCACCUUUUCCCUCUAAACAGUGACUCGGUGCCUCGUGUCUUCAAGCUCCGCCUCCUGCUGUUAGCUACCCCCCCCCCCCCCACCCCGAGCUUCUUCUGGUUUUCAACGAAAUGCUCUGACGCUUCUUUUUUGACCACAUUUUGCUACGGCGCUCACUUUUAAUACGGUAAAAGCUGAAUCCUGUGGAGUGGUGAUGUUCCCACGUCUCCUUCAGCCCCCCUCCCCCCCACCGAGGCCUUUUGAACUUGCAUCUCGACUCCAGAAGAAACCGAACUCCGGCUCGAUUAGCGUUUUGCUGGACUCGCUGCAGAAAGCUCCUCGUGGCCUUGGGCUCCACCGACACGUCUCUUAGCACCACGAAGCCUUACCGGAGCUCGGCCCGGCCUUGCUGCACAGAACCUCGGGAAGUCUGACCCAGUCGGUUCGACCAGUAACCACUUUGUUUUCGCCCUCCUCAGACUUCUCUCUAUGCAUAAGAUCCCAGUUGCACCCGGAAUAACGAGAAGGGAUCGGAUUCUGUUCCACUUCCUUAAAAAUAAUGUUUUUAAUUAACUGUUAAUUGACACAGGUUUAAAUUUAGGCUCUUAACUGUUUACUUCAAUUUCUUCUUUGCUUUUUUUUUAGCAGUAAACUUCUGUUAAGUUUUUCAUGAAGUUUCAACUCAUCACAUUCUGUUAGAAAUAAAACACGAAGCCACGUUUGAUCACUAGCUUUGGAUUUGUGUUGUAAGAAUUUAGACUCCUGGAAACUUAACUUUAAUGUGACAUUAAAGGACAAAUGGGGUUUUGCACCUUUUUCAGUUAAUGGAUUAAUUUGACUGCAUUUGAUUUAUUUUGGCAGCAAAUCCACGAAAAGACCAAAAUCCAUUAAUGACUUUGUAAAUUGAUUUCUUGACGAGUUAAUUGAAAAGACAGUUUCUCUCUCGUCCGUCUGUUUGAUAAGAUGGAACCUGUCGAUGUAGUGGGAAACAGGGAACUAGUUUGGUUCUGUGUUAUUUAGUAACUUUAAAUGUUGUUGAAGGUUAUAAAGAAUAACUAAUAAAAAACAUUUAUUAGUUAUAUCUGCUCGAGGUGAAGCUGCAGCCGUGUUAGCUCGACUUAGCAUCAAAAUGCUUUUGGUCUUUUCAUGGGAUUUGUUGACAACAAAAGAAGAUGUCCGACUUUCCAAGGGAAAAAAAAGAUGAUAAAUAUGUGAUGUAAUAUUCAGGGGAUUUAUCCGACUGAACUUUUCAUCCCUGAAUUCUUCCAGGAUCUAAAGUUCUGUGAUUCUCUGCAUCGACGGCCUUAAGCUCUGAAUUCACCUCCACCUCCUCCACUCGCACCUUUUCAAUUAAAACCAUCCGGUGGCUGCGUUUCCACCGGUGGAACAUUUCA